UAUACAGGUACACGUGAACGACUUCAAUCGUUUGACCUACGAUUCAGUGUGACGCGUUAAUUGCAAAGUUAUUAUGUAGGAGUGCCUGUAUCCUUCAUCUUUUUUUUCGUAUACCAUAAACUGUUUUGGCAUGCAGGCUGCUCAUUAGAAGAAAAAUGUCUGCAAAGAAUCUUUCAAGACCCUUGCAAAGGCAGUUAAGUGUCUCAAAUGAUGGCUGGGAAAAAUGUGCACGUUGCAAUGAGUCGGAUUUUACAUGUUCACACUUGCCACGUCAGAUGCUUAAUGACCUUUCAUGUGGCGCAGACAGACACAGGGAGUCGAAUGCGAGUAAGGUUUCAUUUCAUAAUGUGUUUGGAGAUCUAGACGAUGACGUAACUUCAUUACAGGACAAGACGACUGACCAGAUUACAGUAAUUCACAAUGAAGGCGAUUCUCGGCGCAACUUUUUCUCUAUGGAGCAUGUGUUAAUUCUAUAUGCUACCGCAAGUGCCUUCUUAAGAGUAAAUCUCUUGCAGGUGUUCCGUAUCAAGGAGUGUCUUGAGGACGGCUGGGUUAAGUUGGAUGAUUGUGAGGAGUUCCAAAGAGAAGGCUUUCUACGGCAAGGACAAAUUAACGCUUGGGCCAAUGAUAUGCUAUUGAUUAGAGAUGUCCUACACUACACUUUCGGCGCGAUUUUGGCGUUUCUUUGUUGUCAAUACAUGAAUAAGUAUGGUCUUAGGCAUCUUCUUUAUGCGUGUCUGCUUGGAACGUGGUUGACAACUGUAUUGGCGUUAAUGAGCUUCUUCCUUCCCGGGACUCAAAUAUACUUUUCAUUUCUUGCGAUAUUACCAGCUGUGCUAUCAGGAGGUGAUAUCGUGAUGAUGACCUUGACAUCAGUUGAAAUUGCUACUUCUUCAACCGGAAAUCGUUUGUGCUGGAGGUUUUUCAUCUAUGAGUUCAUAGUGUUUGUUUCCGAACUCUUCCCGAAGCUUCUCGAUCUAUAUGUGCUCCCAACUGUGUUCGAGGUCGAGCUCAAUGCGGCGCCGACUUGCCUCAUUAUGAUAGCAAUUCUGAUUUCGUCGACGCUUCCGUUAAAGGACUUUCCUGCUAAAUUUAACGAACAUACGAUGAUUCAACGAGUGCGAUGUGCAUUCGGCCUCGUGGGCCUUCAACAAACCCUUAUGUGCUUUACAAGGCAACGCGAAUGCAAGGGACGGCGCCAAUUAAUAAUGAUUAUCUUCAUGUUCGCAACACCGUCAACUUAUAUCGGUGUUUUCAGCUCUCUUCGAAUGUACUUUCUGGGCCAAGUCUAUGGAUGGGACGCAUAUAUGUUUACAUCCGUCUCUUCGACAGCCAUGGGAGGGUGCUUUAUAGUGGGCACGCUAGUUAUGGCUGUGCUCACACGAAGGACUCGAUUGUUUGAUCUGUUGGUAGUUUUUGUCGGAUACGCGUGUUUAACUCUAAGCUACGUUGCUAUUGCACUGAGUCAGUUCAACAUCUUCGCCUACUAUGCUGCUCUGAGUUUGCAACUAGCACCCGUGAUUGGUUCCGUAUAUUUGCGAUCGCACCUAUGCCUACUCUUGGAAAGUUUCGAAUUCGCGCCUGUGUUUUCUGCCAUCUGUAUUAUACAACGGGCUCUACCGCUUUUGGCAAAUAGCCUAUUAAAGAUGUUUGUCACCUCUGCAAUGUUCAGCUCCUGUCCAUUUUCGAUCUUUUUGAUUUUGGCAGGGAUUUUCAUCGUGCCUACUUUUACCUCAUUGUACAUCUAUUCAGUAACCAGAAGUAGAAGUUACGUCGCUCAUCAGAGACAUUCCACCGUGAAUUCCAAUACACCGUAAAAGAGACUUCUAACCAUAGAACAUGGUUAAGUUCGAAGUUCACAGUAAGUAACGCUAUUUACUGGGUUAACCGGUAGUGUGCAGCUAUGGCUGGUUUAGGUGAGUAUUACCUGCAUUGUAGAGGUAACUCAUCAUACGAUUGUUUUGUUAUGCGGAUUUAUUGGCGCUUAGCGGACACAAGUAUAACCAGGCAGUUGGGCUACUGGACAAAAAUCGGCCUACCACUGACUUUAAUUUUUAUCACCAUAAAAAUGGCAAGUCAUUGUUUACUUGGCUCAUUUAGAUCCUUCAUAGUACUUUAGGACGAAUUGAAACUGACUAGCCUGACUACUUCCAAUUUUAGACACUCCAUUUUCGUUUCCAUUGGACACGUAAAAGAUCCAUUGUGAGAUUGAGGAUAAAUAUCUUAUUUCUUUAACCCUGUAACUGAAUAUAUUAUAUCUAUAUUGCAACCACAUGACAUACGAAUGUUCUUCUAUAUUUAAGAAAUACCUAGUGCCAAAUUUUAUUUUGUUGUCGACCGGUAGGUUAAAAGAACCUCACAAUGUCUGUUACAGGAAGAACAUGAUAACCGCGAAAAAAAAAAACAAUGUAACCAUGCACAUUAGCACACCAUAUUUAAAGCAGUCUAGUAAAGAGCACGGACGGCCAUUUCGCUGGACCUCCGGGAUCUUCUUGCUUCGUUACUUGUAUUAUUUCAACUGUAGCUUCUGUUGGGGGGUACAUCUAUUAAUGAAUAGGCUUCCCAUACGUCCAAAUGGUAAAUAUAACAUUACCAAACAGAAUUUUCGGUCUGAUACAAAUAUGUGCUGCCUAACUCUUACUACAAUUGAUAUAAUACGCUGUUUUUAAUCUUUAAAGUUCUCAAACACUAUUGUUACACUAAGUAAGGGAAGACAUUAUUAUAUACAAGUCAUCGACCGGGUACAAGCCACAAAGUUUCAAUGAGGUAGUGACAGUUUUUCGUCUAAGUUAUCGAAAAGCCUUAUCCUCUUGAUCGAAUGUAAGGAUAUUGUUACAGUGAUAAAACAUUAAUACUGUCUUACUGUGAAAAGGUUAAGCUUGUGCACUUGGCGUACGACGCAGAAAUUUGGGCUUAAGUUUGUAUUAUUUUAAUUUAUGGAAAGGGGACCGUCGCGAAUUUUAUAGAGAGGGCAGUCAUGCUCUUGCAAAACUGCGUUAGCUAUUAAAAACUUUUUCGGUACCUUCACUGAAGAAGCGUUAGUAUGACAAGAACUUAGACUAAAACUAGCCAAAAGCUCGAAAGAUACUACCAUAGAGGUUUACGCAUGGCACACGCUGUGCAUCUUGCAGUGUCGGACGGUUUUGGCAAGCAUCAUCUGGUCGCAGAAGAAACAGUUAUGGAUAAAGCGGAGUAGCUUUGCAUCGAAGAAGCUGAGGAGUUUGGUAAGAGUGAGAACCAACUAGAAAACGUCGACUUGGUCUUAAGGAUAUUUCCAAAAGAUAUGUCAGUUAAUUUUUACGGCGACUAUGACAAACGGUUAUCGACCGCAUUCUUCGUUUCCGAAGGCGACGCUCUCCGCUGUAACGCAAUGGAUGAGUUCUUGAAAAUUCAUUGGAUACUCGGAAAAAAGCUUUCACUUCUUCUAGCUCUUGUUGCCGGGUGGAAUGAACAUCUAAGAAAGAUUUAAUAAUUUGUUCUAAUUUUUGCGGAAGUUUUCAAAAAGUAUAAUUGGGAAUUUACUCUUCCGAAGUCGACUGCGAUCAGAUAAAAAAGAUGGCACAUAUUCUGAAUUUGGCCUAUGACUGCAAACUUCUUCAACAUAAUAAUGACACUCAGAGAGACGCGGUCAAGCAAAGUAUCUCGUAAUGUUUCUACAAAGCGUGCUAGUACGUCACUUUUUACUAAGGCCGUAUUCGAGGUCCUAACAAACCAAGUAGCUUAGAGACCGACGUUCAUGUAUAUUUUAUCUCGCAUCGUUGACGAAUUCGUUUUUGAGAUGGAUAAUGCUGCAAAUUAUUAAGUAAGUUAUGAGAAAGUUCUGGGAAAAAAAUGUAAUACCAAAGGUGACCAGAAAAAUCACAUGUCAUUCGCAAAGCCUGUCAUCAUUCCAACUGACUAACCACAAGUCAUAAAAAUUUAAAUUUCUUAAAUCCAAUUCAUCAAAGGUGUGUCAAAACUAACAACAAUAUAGCGGCAGCCGUAGUUGCCAUGCAUCUGAUUGAAAUAGAUUGUGAUUUGUAAUUCGCGUAAAGAUGGUAGCUCUACCAGAGAAGCAUACUCUGGAGAAAAUGCUUUCAUUGUUCCUGACAUGCAAAACUAAGUGUUUGGAUAGGCUUCCAGACAAAUGUUUUCAAAAGACAUAGAUAAGAAGCUAUAUAUGACGCAAUUAUGCAAACAGUAGCCAAUAUAAUUUAUAAAUUUAACAAUGAAAACGUAUAAAAUAUUUAUAAAACGUAGAAUCUAAAUUGUACUACUCGAGCUUCUUCAGGUUUUAAUCAAUUACACUAUUGCGCUGGAUUACUCUCUUUAGAUAAAAUUUGUAGAAAUAAUAUCUCAUAGUUUUUGUCUACACAAAAUAUAUUCUAGAAUGUCGGUAAAUAGCACAGUAGCUAGCUUCUGAGAAAAUUACAACCAAGACACACAUAUAGAUUAUUAUUUCCAGUUUUACAACCGGUACUUCCAAUGAACAUUAUUUCAGAGUACUGACCUUUGCCAUCACGAAACAAACCAAUGCGGGUGUGCAUUUCGUUCUUCGGCGUACAUACCAAUCGACAUGAACCUAUCACCUAUCGGGAAUACAUAUGCGAUUAGUAUAUGCAGACACUUGAUGCAUGCUUGCUGACUGAUCCAGCUUACUUUUUCGUAAUGUGCUAAAAAAAGCAGAGCAGUCGUAAUAGCUAUAUAUUCAGAGAAAUAUGAUAGGCCUUCACGGAAAGAAUAUCACUUUUCCGUGGCUUGUUUAUGCUUUUAUUUAAUAUUAAAAAAAGUUCAUUGUUAUUCUUAAUCUCCAUAUCUAGGAACUACCUAAUGCAAUUUUUUUUAGACAUCUUUAAUUACUGCAGUGCAAUACAUAAGAUAUCAAACGUUCAGAUGAUAUAAUUUUAUCGUCUUGUAUCGCGUAUGCAUUCUUGACCUUACUUUCCUAAAGGUAUUCUAGAAAUUAUGAUCUCAGUGGUUAUUCUUCAUUUCUUCCCUGUUAAUCUGCUUGAGUAGACUUUGAGAAAUAAACUAAUCGAUUUCAC